AUGUCUGAGUAAAGUUCAGAAGAUAGUGAUGAAUCUCAUUAACAAAUUUAAUAACAUAGGUAAAGAAAAUAACUUUCUGAGAUUGAUGUACUUAUUGCUACAUUAAAUAUUGAACCAAAAUAAAGAACUUGGCAUUAAUUAAAAUUUCUUUGUGAUUCUCUUGAAUAAAAUGUUCAUUAUUUUUCUUAAUUACGUAAUAAGCUUACUACUUCAAUUCUGAUAAAAUUGAUGGCUACAAUAACAAUAGAGGAAUUUACUACGUUUAAUGUAAUAUUUAACUAAGGGGAAACUGGUAGAAAAAUGUAUAUAAUAUUGAAGGGGGAAGUGGCAGUGUUAAUAAAGACAGAUGAUUAAAAUGAGAUAAUAUAAAAAGAAGAUAAUAAAAGAAGAAGUAAAAGAUAUUGAUAAUUUGAUUUAGGAGCAACAAAGACAUUUGAUGAACUGAUAUUAUAUAAGUUUUCAAACUAUAGAAUAGUAGCAUAUAAAAAAUAAUAUGACUAUUUUGGAGAGAUUGCAAUAGAGCAACGUAUUCCUAGAACAGCUACAGUGAUUGCAAAAGAGCCUUGUAUAUUGGCAAUAAUAACAUUUGAUGCAUAUUAAUCUUUAUUGAGUGAAUUAUAGGCAGAUAAUUUAUAAUUGAGAUAAGUUGUGAUAGCAAGGAUGUAUCCAUUUAGUUUAUUGAAUGAAUAACAAUUUUAAUAGAUUUUACAUAAUUAUGAGGAACUCAAUAUAUAAGGAGGUUGUUUAUUGCAUAGAGAAUAAUAGAAUGCAGAUGCUAUUUAUUUAGUGAUAAAGGGGGAAGUAUUGGUUCAAAUAAAAGAGUUAGUAGAUAAUGCAGCAGCAUAGAUUUAAGAAUAGAAAUAUUUUGUAAAUUUUUAAAAACAAUAGAGAAUCAAAAAUAUUGGUUUGUUUGGAACAGGAUAAAUUGUAGGAGAUUAUGAAUUAUAUUUGAAUAAGAAAUACAAAUAAAAAUUAAUAAGAAAAACAACAGCAAUAGUUAAAAGUGACUCUAAAUUAAUAAGAAUUCCUAUCAAAUAAUUUGUAGAUGUUAUAGAACAUGGAUUAUCUGCAAAAUGGCUUUUACGUUAUUUAAAUUAAAAGUAUGAAUAGAAGGAACAAUUACCUAUUUUAUAAUUAAAAGAUGAGUAAGAUAACAGAAAGGUUCAAUCAUUCAUAUCACCAUAAUUUAAAAAAAUGAUACUUAGAUUAAAAAAACAUCAUGAUCACAAUAAGAUAUCAAGUGAUCGAUAUUAGUAGAUUAAUUAUAAAUAAAGUUUAGAAGAUGCUAAUAUUCAAGAAUAACCAACAGGAUUAAAAAAAGAAAUUAAUUACUAAGAUAAAUCAGUUUUGAAAUAUUUAGCUAAAGAUUAGAUUUUACAUAAACGCAACAAUAACACUUUAACUAAUUUUAGUAUUGAAAAAUUUGCUUUAACUUUAAAAUCAAGAGUAAAAAUUACCAAAUUGUUAACUCAAUUAGAUGAAGAAUCAACUUGUUAUAGAUUUCAUUCUACACCAAGUAAAACUAACGGGUCUUCAUUUAAAUAUGCCCAAACUCUUACUAAUAUUCAAUCUCCUUAAUAAAAAUUUAACUAAACACCUAAAAUGAAUUGA